UCUACUGUUCUCGAUACAAACCUAGAUUCCAUAUAGAAAUAGAGCAGUCCUUCACCAAGGUUCUAGUGUGUCAAUAAACAACCAUGCUUCCGUUUCUGCUGUUGUUUUUCUGUGCGUCCAUAGUAUACGGCCAGGUGCCAGUGUUAGGGAAAUGUCCAAAUGUAACCGUGAAAAUGGACUUUGAACCUAGCAAGUAUUUCGGCUUCUGGUACGAGAUAGCGCGGUUCUACACGAGUUUCGAAGCGAACCAGAAGUGCCACUCCGCCACCUACACGUCACUUCCGUCGGGCCACUUCCAGGUGUUCAACCAGGCACUUGAUAUGGAAGACCACGAGCAGAAUGCGACGGGUGACGCCUACAUUCCCGACACCAAGGUGAAGGCUAAGAUCAAGGUUAAGUUCAACGAAGGACUACACUUUCCGCUCAAGGACUACACUUUCCGCUCAAGGACUACACUUUCCGCUCAAGGACUACACUUUCCGCUCAAGGACUACACUUUCCGCUCAAGGACUACACUUUCCGCUCAAGGACUACACUUUCCGCUCAAGGAGUAUAUUUUCCGCUUUUAUGGAUUUGUGUUAAAUAAAAGUAUCUCCCUAACUAAAAUCCAGUUAAGUCGGAAAAUUAAGUCACUGCUAAGCUUUUGUGGACUGAACAGACUAAUCUGGGUGGAACUUGUCGUACAAUAAGCCAAGAUAUCCCAGAACGAUGCGCAAUUGUGUUUACCAUGUGCUUGCCAUUAAUUUCUCACAACUUUCGCAAGAAAUCUACGCCCUAGCAUGAGAAUACCUCAUCCAUCUUGUGUCCUUGCUACACAAUUCAGCGAUUCUGGUUUUAGGUGAAGCAAUAAGACUAAUUUAAAUCCGUGUUUGUCUCCGAAAAUUCAUGCCCUGAAUGUUUGCUUUUCCCACCCAGUUUAUCAUCCCAACUUUCUCCACAGUUGUUCGUCAGCAUUUCAAUAUUUCAUUCAUAGUUUCAUUGCGUAAAAAGUCGAUGAAAGACUCACUUGUUAAGAAAGUAUUGUGAUAAUUUUUAUAUUGAAUGAAUGAAUAUUUUGAGUUUUCGGAUGAGUGUUUACAUAUCACCUAUUUUUCCUCAACUGCUCAUGGAGACUGAAAUCUUCUUAGCUGUACCAGGUCGCAGAAUCAACGUGGUUUUCAGGGGUUUACACACGGGCUGGACAGGAUGUAAUCACACCGUUCAGAAUUUUAUUUUUGCAAAUAUCUCAAGCUAUUGAAAUUCAUCUGCAAAAAUGUUUAGUGCAUACAAUACAGAUUUUCUUGCAGUUUGUGCCGAUAUCUUAAGGCAAAAGAAUAAAUCCUUGAAUACGUAUGAAAUCGGUGACAAAAUAACACGUUGAGUGAAUCAUAUAACCGUAUAGAUGAAUGCAGUGCACAUAUAAUUUUUUAACAAGAAAUCGGUGACAAAAUUUCACGUUGCGUGAAGCAUAUAACCGUAUAGAUGAAUGCAGUGCACAUAUACUUUUUUAACAAGAACACAUGCUGAUUAAAUAAUGUAAUUAUGAUGUAUUUCAUAUUGCCAUAAGCAGCAUAAAAAUCUAUAUUUUAUGCACUAUUUGAAAUUUUAAGAAUAGUUGUUUAAAAAAGUUAUUUGAAAAAAAGCACCACUUGCCGGUGUAUUUAAAUCCAUUAACGUUUACUUGGGAACCCCACAUAGUCACGUGAUCCUGCACCCUGUGUUCGUGUUUUAACAAACGAAAUGAUGUCAUUAAAGUUUGAUUUUGCUUAAUUUCACGAAAAGUAAAACUUUCCGUUUCAUUAUAUGGUUUAUCGACAUGAAAUGUGCUUCAAUCUUAAUAUCUAUGAAUUGAUCUAUAACUAUUUCGUACGUGUACUGUUCAAUACACAUUGAUCAAUAUAGACGUGAUUUGCAAAUAGUGAAUUAGUAUCUGCAUGUUGCGUUGUUUUUUUAAAAUACUAUUUCUCAGACAAUAUUUUUGAAAGACGUGCCAUGAUAAUAGAGAAUAAUAGGUUAGUGUUGAUUAUAGAUCGGGUUUAUCAUGCGAGGCUUAGAAACCAAAAAGCACGAGCCUUGGCGAGUGCUUUUUCGUUUUCGUGCCGAGCAUGAUAAAACUCAACUAUAAUCAACACUAAUCUAUUAUUCUAUUUAUCCCACUUUUUAUUAUGUAAACCUUUUUGUUUAAACAAAAUUUGUUUGACUGGAUAAUGUCGCUGGAUUUAUGACGUCAUUUCGUCGAAAUAUUGACGUCAUUUCCUGCCGUUGAUUAUAAAUGAUAUUUAAUCAACGGGGCUUUAUUCAACCGAAUUCGCUGUAAAAGUGGGAUAAAAUAGAAUAUGUGGCCGGUAACUUGUUUGGUAUGUUUAUAAAAACUAUGCAUUUUCUUAUACAAUAGGCAGUUUCUAUAGAUAAUAUAUGAAUGGUGACUGUUUGACUUUUGAGGUCAUGUGCUAUUAGACUCAUCCGGUUUGGCGUGUAAAACGGCUCGGCACGUCUCGCCUUUGCCUAAGGCUUGCUAAGCCAUAUCAUACUUGUAUUAUAUCACAAAAUAUCAACAGUAACAACCAAUAAAUUCUCAUGAAGAAUUGCAAAUCGAAUACAAAAAUG